AUGUCGAGCCUUCCGCCUGUAUACAUCGUCUCUGCCGCCAGAACCCCUGUGGGGUCUUUCCUUGGCUCCCUCUCGAGCUUGAGCGCUACCCAGCUUGGCUCUGAGGCUAUCAAGGGUGCUGUCCAGCGCGCUGGCAUCAAGGGUGAAGAUGUCGACGAGGUCUUCUUCGGCAACGUGCUGUCCGCUGGCCUCGGCCAGGGCCCUGCUCGCCAAUGCGCCAUUGGCGCUGGCCUCCCUCAGAAGACCAUCGCCACCACCGUGAACAAGGUCUGCGCCUCCUCUCUCAAAGCCAUCAUCCUGGGUGCCCAGAACAUCAUCACCGGCACCUCCGACAUUGUCGUUGCUGGCGGCACCGAAUCCAUGUCCAACACCCCCCACUACCUCCCCAACCUGCGCAACGGUGCCAAAUACGGCGAUCAGACACUCAACGACGGUGUGCUCAAGGACGGCCUGACAGACGCAUACAAGAAGGAGCACAUGGGUCUUGCCGCCGAGCUGUGUGCCAACGAUAACGAGCUCUCCCGUGAGGCGCAGGACGACUACGCUGUCAAGUCUUACCAGAAGGCGCAGGCCGCCACCGAGGCUGGUCUGUUCAAGGAGAUCGUCCCCGUCGAGGUCUCGGGCGGCCGCGGCAAGCCCAACGUGACCGUGGAGCGCGACGACGAGGUCAAGAACCUGAACGAGUCCAAGCUCCGCAGCAUGCGCCCCGCCUUCAAGUCCGACGGCAGCGUCACCGCCCCCAACGCGGCCCCCAUCAACGACGGUGCUGCCGCUGUGGUGCUCAUGUCCGAGGCCAAGGUCAAGGAGCUGGGCGUCAAGCCCAUUGCCAAGAUCCUGGGCUGGGGUGACGCCGAGCGUGAGCCUGAAAGGUUCACCGUUGCCCCUGCUCUGGCUAUCCCCAAGGCCAUCAAGCACGCUGGUCUGACUGAGUCGGAUGUCGACUACUACGAGAUCAACGAGGCUUUCUCCGUCGUCGCUCUGGCCAACCUGAAGCUCCUGAACCUGGACGCCGACAAGGUCAAUGUCUACGGUGGAUCCGUGGCCAUCGGUCACCCUCUUGGCUGCUCGGGUGCCCGAAUCGUCACCACCCUGACAUCGGUGCUCACUGACAAGAAGGCCAAGAUCGGCGUUGCUGGUAUCUGCAACGGCGGAGGUGGUGCCUCGGCUCUGGUCAUCGAGAACUUGCAAUAA